UCAUCUUUUCCUCCAGCAGAGACCAAAUAGACAUUAAAAUCCAAUAAGAUUCUGUAAGCAUCGAUUUUGGCACUUUGCAUUCUCAUCCUCCACUAUAAAUCCUCCACCAUCUCUCACUCUUCCUUAAUUGGCAGUUAUAAAUAAAAAAGCCCAACAAGUUUGCUUGUCCUAUAUCUAUAGAAAAACCAACCUUCAUGAAAUCCAUGCACUCAUUCAUAAUCUACCUUAUCUAAAUAAAAGUAGUGCUCGAAUACCAAUCCUUUACUCAAAGAAAUUUUAUAUUUAGGACGAAACCUAGAUAGCCAUUUAGAUCAUACAUAAUGUAUGAAACAUCUAACCUGGAAGAGAACCCUAGAGAAACAGCUUCUCAGCCAGUCUCUUCCCCAUCAACUCAAAAAUGGCCAGCCAACUAUCCAAUGAUGAUGCUCAAAGAGCUAAAAACACAACAGAGAAUAGCUCUUCCAUUGGUGGCCAUGAAUUUGACAUGGUUUGCCAAGAUAGCUAUCACAACAGCUUUUCUAGGCCGGCUCGGAGAGCUCCAAUUGGCUGGUGGAACUCUUGGUUUUAUGUUUGCCAAUGUCACUGGCUUUUCUGUCUUGAACGGGCUCUGUGCAGCCAUGGAACCAAUAUGCGGCCAAGCAUUUGGAGCAAAAAAUUUCAAACUCCUUCACAAGACCCUUGUCAUGACAGUCUUCUUGUUAAUACUCGUGACAAUUCCUAUCUCUUUCUUGUGGCUAAACGUGGACAAGAUCCUAAUCCAUUUUGGACAACAAGAAGACAUUUCACUUGUUGCAAAGAGAUACCUUUUCUACCUCCUCCCUGACUUGGUAAUCACUUCAUUCCUCUGCCCUCUCAAAGCCUACUUGAGCUCCCAAAGCAUAACAAUUCCUAUAAUGUUUAGCGCGGCUUUGGCGCUUGCCUUUCACAUACCCGCCAACAUCUUACUAUCAAAAGCGAGAGGUCUUGAAGGAGUUGCAAUGGCUGUGUGGAUGUCUGAUCUCAUAGUUCUAAUUCUACUGGCCGUAUACGUCGGGAAGGUGGAAAAUGCAAAGGAAGCGAGAUGGAAGGAAGGGGGAUGGUUGAACCAAAGUUAUCAAGAUUGGAUGAGGCUUCUCAAGCUUUCUGGACCCUGCUGCCUCAUCACUUGCCUUGAAUGGUGGUGCUAUGAGAUUUUAGUUCUGCUAACAGGGCGGCUUGCCAAUGCCAAACAGGCAGUGGGAGUGUUGGCCAUUGUGCUAAAUUUCGACUACUUGCUCUACUCUGUGAUGCUUUCUCUGGCCACAUGCGCAUCGAUCCGGGUGUCAAAUGAGCUAGGAGCAAACCAACCAGGUCGUGCUUAUCAUUCUGCAUACACCUCUCUGGCAUUUAGCGCAUUUGCAGGCUGCAUAGGAAGUUUGGUGAUGGUAGGAGCCAGGGGAAGUUGGGGACCUCUGUUCAGCCAUGAUAAGGGGAUCUUAAGAGGUGUGAAAAAGACAUUGCCGUUGAUGGCUCUGGUGGAGUUGGUAAACUUCCCAGUAGCAGUUUGUGGAGGAAUUAUGAGAGGUACAGCCAGACCAUGUCUAGCCUUGUAUGCCAACCUUGGUGGGUUCUACCUCCUGGCCUUGCCCAUGGGGGUGAUCUUUGCCUUCAAGGUCGCUCUUGGGAUAAGAGGACUGUUGAUUGGAUUUUUGAUUGGGGUGGUCGCGUGCUUGGCUUUGUUAGCGGUAUUUGUUGUGAGGAUCAACUGGUAUGAAGAAGCCUGCAAGGCACAAAUUCUUGCCUCCAUGGCUGACCAAGCUCCAGAAGAGAUAAAAGUUGGAAAUCAGAAAUCUGCAGAGACCGUCGAUGAUGCCCAAGUAUGAGACUAAAUAUCCAUAAUAAACAUAUCAACUGCAGUACAACCAAAGUUAAACCUCUAGAAAGAUAGAAUUAAACAGAACUCUGGACGCACAAAAUAAUCUUGACAUCCAAUGAAACCACAAUUGUUGUCAACACCUUUCUAGUUUGGCCUCUUUUGUAGUUAGAAGGGAUAAAUUCUCUUGUGAGCCAUUGAAAUUAUGCUUAACUAGUAUAAUCCAUCGCCACCUUGAACUU